UAAUUAACUUAGACAUUUAUAUUUAAAGCAUGUUAUAAACAUAUUGAAACUUUGUAAUAAAAUUCCUCCCUUCAUUUGUGUUUCUAAAUCACCUCAAGUUAUUAAGACACAUUCCUGAGACUAAUUAACACUUUGAUUAGAAUGAUGAUGACAAGUCCUUCUGAUGCUCAUCCUGAGACUAUGGAUUUUCUGUCGACUGCUUGGUGUAAUUUUGCUGUUCAAACCCUCCAACCGCCGGACAAGCCGAUCAUUCUUCUUGAUAAUCAAUUGAAGACUUUUGAUUGCGAUGUCAUACCGCCUUUUAUGAAGAUGGAAAAGAGUGUAAAAAUGGAGGAUGAAUUCAAGUCUCUACCACCAUGGAAAUCCAAUGAUGUGAAGUCGUGGAUAUGGAUGCAACAAGCAAUGCAUCCUGAGAUCAAUUACAACAGCUGCUUUCGAAAGAAAUGGGUCCCGUGGAAAAAUGUAGUACCAUUUAAAACAUUAUCAAUAAAGAAAUGGAUAAAAGACAUAAAGCAAAAGAGAAAAGAAGAAGACAGAUUACAAAGAGCCGAAGUACAUGCAGCUAUAUCAGUUGCAGGAAUAGCUGCUGCCUUGGCUUCAAUUGCUGCUGACAAUACAAAAACAGAUGACUCGAAUUCCGCUAAGGACGACGCCGUAGCAUCCGCGGCGGCUUUGGUGGCGGCGCAAUGCGCAAAGGUGGCCGAAGCAAUGGGGGCGAAAAGAGAGCAGCUCAGCAGCAUCAUAGGAUCGGCCAUGAGUGGUACAAGCGCUACUCACAUCCUAACACUCACUGCUGCUGCUUCCACAUCACUAAAAGGAGCAGAAACUCUGAAGGCAAGAACAGGAUACAGGAACAAAUUAACCGGAAGUGCACCUGUGCUACCCAUCCAAGACAACAAUGAAACAGAUUUUGAUUUCCAGAAAUGCAGAUCAAUUCUUGCCCAUGGCAUACACCUUCAUGUCGAAACACCAGAUGGAAAUUUUAGAGUGAGAUCAGUAUCUAUUGUUAUGAAUAGCCAAGCCAAGGUUAUUCUAAAAUUGAGAAAGCUCAAUUUGUUAAAAAGCAAGAAGGAAAGUAUUAUAAUGGACGUGCAUGCAGAAUUAUACAAAGACUCAGAAGCUGACGAAGAAACAGAAACCUGUUAUCUAAUUGUAUUAACCACAAAUGAAGGGAUAAUAAAGCUAGACAUGGGUGAUGAUUUUCAUAGGUACAACACAUGGGCUGCAACUAUUAACCAUAUGCUCAUACUCUCUACUUCUUUUGCAAAAUAUGAGCUUCAAUUUUACAAAAAUUGAAACCCAAUCUUAUAUAAUGUAAUGUUUUUUUAAUUUUCAUGAUUUGUACUUUGAUUAUGCAAUUAUAUAUGUUGUCAAUUUAAUAUCAUAAUUUAUGUACAAUACAAAAAAUAAAUUUUUUCCAAGCAUUGUGGAACUUGAUUUUGA